CCGUACCCAUGUACUCCGUACCUUGCUGUACACUAAUCGCAAAUCUCUCUCGGCGGCCAUCAUCAGCCAGCCCGAUGGGUUGUUGGGAUUUUGCCUUUUGGUCCUGUGUGCAGCACGCACUGCAGCAGGUCGGGCGGCCCAAGAGCAGCUGACGAGACGGAAAGGAUCACUUCCCCAGAAGUUAGAACGCGCAACCUUGCCUCACUGCCACGGCGACGGCCGGACUCGCCCUCUGUUUCUCUCUCUUUCUCUCUCUCCGGGCUCGCUCCUUUAAAUAACCUAACCUGCCCAGUCCGUCCUCCAAGAUUCCCGUCAUCCGACUUUCCGUCCUUCUGCAUCAUCUCCGUCACCGUCAAAUCUGCCCCGCAGCUGAUUCUACUACUACCUAUUCCAAUAGCGAAGCACGACCUCCGCACACUAGUUACCAACACCAGUGAACAACACCAAUACCCCGCCCUCCUCUGACGCAAGCUCCCGAUUCUCCCGGCAUCACACAGCCGACUGAACUCUGCGUGUCGCAUUCGAGACAUCAAUGUCGUAUCCAGGCCAGCACGGCUACGGCGCCCAGCCGCAUGGCCAAGGCUACGGCCAGCAAUACCCUCCGCCUCCACAGGGCGGCUAUGGCGGAUCGCCCUAUCCUCCCCAGCACGGCCAGUACCCUCCGCCCGCAGGCCCUCCCCCAGGCCAAUACGGCGCGCCUCCGCCGCAACACGGCGGCUACUACCAGCAACCUCCACCCGGCCAAUAUCCUCCUCAAGGAGGCCACUAUCCUCCUCCCGCCGGACCUCCGCCGGGUCAGUACCCGCCUCAGGGCGGCCAGUACGGCGCGCCUCCGCCGAUCCCUCCGUCGCCCUACGGACACUCGCCCGCGCCUGGUGGCUACGGCGCACCGCCUCCCGGCCCCCCGCCCAGCCAGCAGUAUGGCGCCCCGCCGCCCCAGCACUUUGGACCUCCGACGCCCGCGUCGCUUGGCUACGGCCCGCCCCAGAUCAUCCAAUGGGAUGGCUCACCCGACGCCGCCGCGGCGCGGGCUGCGAUGAAGGGGUUUGGCACCGACGAAAAGGCACUGAUCCGCUGCUUGGCGACCAAGGACCCUCUGCAGAUCGAUGCGAUUAGGACCGCCUACCACCGAAACUUCAAGCGCGACCUCGAGCAGGAUAUCAAGAAGGAGACGAGCAGCUGGUUCCAAAAGGGCAUGGUGUCGGUGGCGCGGGGUCCUCUCAGGUCGGACAUCUACAACCUCUAUGAGGCCAUGGAUGGUUUGGGCACAAAGGAGAGUGUUCUCAACGACGUUCUCCUCGGGCGGUCCAAUGCCGAUAUGCAGGCCAUCAAGAGCGCGUACCAGCAGACCUUCAAGAGGCGCCUCGAGGACGAUGUCAAGGGCGACCUCAGCCUCAAGACGGAGAGACAUUUCCUCAUUGUGCUCGGCGCAAACAGGGCAGAGGACUCGGCGCCCGUCGUGCCGCAGCAGGUGGACUCGGAUGUCAUGGAGCUGUACAAGGCCACCGAGGGCAAGAUCGGUACGGACGAGAUGCUGGUCUGCAGCAUCCUCAGCACGCGCAACGACAACCAGAUCCGCGCCAUCAACCAGGCGUACGAGCAGAAGUUCAGGAGGAAGCUGGACGAUGUCAUCAAAAAGGAAUUUUCUGGUCACAUGGAAGACGCGCUGCUCUUCCAGCUCCGCCACGCCGUCGACAAGUACAUGCACGCUGCGCAGCUCCUCGAAGACUCGAUGGCCGGCCUCGGCACCAAGGACCACCUCCUCGUCGCGCGCGUUGUCCGGUACCACUGGGACCGGGAGUUCCUGGCCAACGUCAAGGGCGCAUACCAGGCCAGGUACAAGCGCAGCCUGGCGGGCAGGAUCAAGGGCGAGACGAGCGGGGAUUACCAGAGGCUGAUGCUCGCGUGCAUCGGCGAGAACAUAUGAGUAGCAGCGGAUAUACAUAGGCAGUGAAGGAUUGGACAUGAUACCCCAGGUUGGGACGGAACUUCUCAUGACGACGCCUCGGGGUCAACGGGUGGCGCGGGCUUGGACGGGAGGCUGUGGACGCCAUGAUGAAUAGGUUGACUAACGUAUCAGCACAAAGCAGUAUGGUUAUCAAUAGUUAUUCUUGUAAUGAUAUUCAGAGAGUCUUGGUCUGGACCUGGCGCCCCUUCUCACGCAAGCGUGUCCUGGUGAUGCGGUCCGAGCGCAUGCGUUAUUCAUCUUACCUUAGUUCAAUGAAUAGCAAAGGCUGU